GCCGCGUUUCAGAACAUGGGUUCUUCAUUGACCCAGCCUUUUGACGAGUUCAAGUUCCCCGCACCUCCCGCCUCACCACCCAAGCCUGCGCCCCCAGCUACUCCCGAAGCGCCGACCUCUCCGGAGCAAGCCCCGCUACUUAAAAAGUGCUGGAGUUGUCGCGUGCUCUCUGGGUUUGGGCUGAUGGGGGCGGGCGGGUACGUGUACUUGGCGGCGCGGAAGCCCAUGAAGCUGGGAUACGCCCCGGGUCCAGGGACUAUUACGCAGAUGGUCAUCGGCAUCAGCAUUUUCUGCUGGGGUGUAGUUGUCCUGACAGACCCCAAAGGAAAGUCCUACCGGACUGGUUGAAGGAACCACCUGUGAAUUUGUCUUCUCUCAUCCCUGUCCCUGUGACACACAGAGCAAGCUUGGGGUUUAUGGAUGUUCUAGACAGACAUCUGGACAUGGACAGACUUCAGUACUGUGGAUACUAUAAGACUGAAAAGACAAUCAUAGGCUUGUCAUUCUUUGUGCAUAUUCAUGGCCUUCGCAGAUUUCACAGGGACCAAUAAAUCCCUCAGAG